AUGAUAAAUUUAACCAUAAAUGGAAAGCCUUCUGUUAUUGACAUAAAUUCCGUAUCUAUAUCACUUAUAGUCGAUGAAAAUUUAUUAAGAGAUAAUAUAACUUUUACUAACAAAAAUAAUUCAUUUCGUUACCACACAACACUGAAUUCAAACGUUUUUUACAAUAAAGACAACACCAUACAUCUCAAAUUAUGUAAAACAAAUAAUUCCGUAUACAAUUUACCUGUGUCUGCCAUAUUUUAUGCUAUUCAAAAUAAAGAUUCAUUUGAUAACCUUAACUUCUAUAUAAAUCAAAUUAAAACUCUUGAAAACAAAAAAAACCCACAAUUUCUUCAAAAUGAUAUAGUGUUUCAUUUAUCAGUAGGAUACAUACUUGGGAAAAAGAUUAGAAUAAAGACAAAAAUAAUAUAUAAUAAUUCUCAAAAUUUUGAAGAUAAACAAGAGCGCUUAUUGAUCAACACAGCUUUCGCCUUGUGUAAAAAAAUCAACAAUAUUAGGGCCGAGGCUGUAUUUCGCAAUACUAGUUACACCAUAAAUAAUUUUCAACCCAUUCCAUGCUGCACUUCUUCUCUAAGAUAUCAAGUCUACGAGACAGGUUCUAAUAACAAUCAUGGCAAUAAUAACUCAAAAGAAUUCAAUCUAGAUAAAGGGGACAUCAAAUUCGGGUUCUUGUAUCUGAAUAACUACUCAAAAAUAGCUUUUCUGCCCGACACCUACGAUAAAAACAAGCAUAAAAUACUCGGUUUAUGGGUCUACAAUGUGGAAGACAUGAAACAUCCUUACGUUUGGUCUCUUUCCAAUUUUUUUGUGGCCAACAAACACCUUAACAAUGGGAAAAAUGUAGCUUUCAUGGUUUUACUACUGCCUUACAAGAGUAUGAACCCACAAUUUUACAUAUGCAACAUCAGGGAUAUAGGAGCUAUGAGUACCUACAAGAUCAUGAUCAGUGUAAAUGCACACGAAUAUUCAAAGAUUGCCAGUAAAAUAAGACCUCAAAUCGUUAAUUGUGCUUUACAGGUAAUCGAUUCUGACGAUCGCAAUGAAAUGGAGAAGCUAAAACACAUAGAGCCAGAAUCGUAUUUUCGUGUCGGUAAGUUUGAAGAAGCCUUGGAGAGAUUAAAUCUUAGUGUAUGCAACCCUGAGAAGGCUACGAGUCGCGUAACCAUAGACGAUUCUGUUAAAAUACCUUUGAAUUCUAAUUUUUCGAAUCAAAAUUCCGACGAAAUUAUGGAGAUUAAGCAACCAGAAAAUUGUAACCUAAAUAUAAAUUCGUCUUCAGAAGAUGAUCUUACAAUUAUUAACCCUCCAUACUCCUUCGUGUCAGAUAUAUCCGAAUAUAAAUAUUGCUCUAAUAGCGAUGACUCUCAGAAUAAGAAUACAACUAAUAAAUGUCAGGAUAUGGGAAUAAAAUACUCUAAAACAGAUGGUUCAAAAUGGCAGACAAAUAAACACGUAAUACCAAAUGAGAUAAAAGAGGAACUUAUUAACUUACAUUACAAUCGUAAUAAUAUAAACUCUACUAUUUUUCCCGAAAAAUUAUCUGUUCAUAAAACGGGGAAUGAUACCAUUAUGAGAAAUGAUCUCGAAAAUGGAAAAUGUAAAGUUGAAGCAAAUAAAAACAUUGAUAAAAUGUCAUCAAAUAAUCCGGAGAAGAAAUUGAUAAAUUUGAACGAGAUCGAUAUGUCCUUAAACGAGGAAAAUAUAAACGCCGUUAUAAGACAGGCAAAGUCAUUUAUCGUUAAACAACAACCAUCAAUGAACACUUCACAAAUUCCAUUGACCUUCUCUAACGAGUUGAAUGCGAAAUUGGAUGAAAAGGAUAUAAAUAAAACGGAUAAAUCCCCUAGCAAUUUUUAUAAAAUCCCAAGUAAUAAUAAUAACUCAAAUAAUAUUAUAUUAAAUGAAUUCAAUAAGAAGAUCUCAACAGAAACUCCAAUUACGAUGCCACAAAUUUCAGAUGACAUUUUUCCUGUCAACGAUAUCCAAUCACUCAUAUUCACCACCAUAAAAUAUCAGCAGCGAGAAAUAGAGAGCCUUAGACACAAACUUGAGAGCAUGGGGUUGAUCCAAGAAGAAUUUAAAUCGUUAAACAUCCCUGUGCCUGUUUAUAAAACUAAAGAAAUCGACGUUCAACAGUCUAAAAUAGAUAAAACGGGUAAAACAGAUAAGAAUUGUAAUGUUGAUAAUGUCGAAGACAAGGAUACUAAUUCUAAAUGUGAUGCAAUUACCAAAACAGAUGAAAAAGGUGUCAAUACUGGGGCAUCUUUAUAUUCAUCAAACGGGCCUAGUUGUAAAUUUAAUUUAAAUCCUUCCGUGAAAAUUACGAAACACGUCAAUGAAGAUGUCAAUGAUGUUGGAAGCAGAAAAAACAGUGAUGCCUUAAAUAAUCAAAAGAUAGUUGAGUUUAAUAGUAAAGAUCCGUGCCAAAUAAAUGUUCAAACGUCAAAAAAAUGCGACACUGGGAUAGAAACAAUUGAUGAUUCAAUGGUUUUAAACAACGCACGGAAACAAGAAAAAUCUGACUAUGCAAAUGAAAAUGACUCAUUUUUUCAAUCGCCCUUGAUAAGCAAGACUCGAACUCUUUGCUCGUGCAGCAGGAGGGUCAAAUUCAAAGAUGCCCUAGAAAAUCAGGAAGAAUGUAUAAGAGUUUACAAGAAGGAGCAAGAAAAUUACUUUACAUCAAACAGUCAAGAUAUAACACCCAAAAGAUCCAUAUUAAGAUCACGCGAAAAUUAUGUAGAAUAUACUAUUACAUCAUCAUCCCCACAAAACAAAUGUUCAAGAAACUGUCACCAACAUGCCGUCAAUGAAAGUUCAAAAUUGAUUAAAGAUAAAAUUGAUUCGAUAACCAGUAAAUAUUUGAAAGAUAAUUACGGCGAUCAAAAUAUUGAGGAAAGUCAAAGCUUGCAAACUAACACUAAAGUGGAUUGCUGCUGUAACCUGGAUAACCGUAGGGCUAGGAAAAGUUUAAAUAUUCCUCCACAAGGAAAUCAUCACAAUCAUAACACCAAAACUCACACUGAUUUCACCUUAUAUGGAAUGGGAUGCUCCACUGAUUUAACUAUUCAUACCAAGGCAUACCUCGAUAAACAUGGUUUGGUGUUGGGAUUUGAAUCAAAAGGCGCCGCUAUUAAGUCUAAUAAAUGCGAUUUGAACUACAAUGACAAGGAUCGUUACAAAGGAAAAUAUAAUGAUCAUUUUAAUGACGGAAGUUAUAUUUUGGAUGUGGAUAGGAUCAAAAAGAUGCCUAAGUUAUUGUGA